AUGGUUCACAUAUACGGUAGCACGAAGGUUCAAUGGACAGUCCACAGCCUAACAAGGGACAAAACCAAGUUCACCAUAGGAAUACAGAGGAAUACAGCUGAGAUCCACCCUGGCAUCUGUAUGACUGGCGUUGAGGGUGACCAGGCACACGACCAGGCCAGUCGACCGACGACACCGAUGUGCAGCAGGGGACACGGCGUUACAUGCCGUAGUGUUGGUCAGAUCAGACGAUGUUUCGAAAGCGACGUCGUCUUUCCUCUCCUCGUCGCUGGUUGA